UUUGCUUUCCCCUUUUUAGGCUUUGUAACCCCCCCCCCCAACCAAAGACUCGCUCCAGCAUCGGGCAGCUUGCUUCAGGAACCUAUCUGUUCCCAGGUAUAAAUCCACUUGAACCUCUCUUCCCUCCCUUUGGUCUUUUCUGCCAAAGACACCAACAUAGUUAUUGUUCGAUUACCACAAUACUACUGUGCACAUAUUCAUCCAGGAGCAGCUCUAUUCCGUUCCAAUGCCUCGCAGCCGAUGCCAUCGCCCACACCGGGUCUCCUUCCCAGAACGCCAAACCUGCCCUUGUCCAGCUGAGCUCUCCAGCAGUAGUGGUCAAGACUGCAAAAAUACAACCAGCACCGCCGCCUACCACGACUGCUACAUCUGCUUUACGCAUCAUUUCCAUCCUACAGCAACACCACCACCGCCGCCGCCGCCGCCGCCACGCGAAGACCCCGGGGCAUCCCAUAAAUUGAACUACCCCAGUUCAUGGGAGAAUCAUGCAAAUGCUACGGCACAUGCUCAUGCUCAUGCCGGUGUCCACUCGAGGAUGCGCUCUACAGCAGCGGGUAAAGUCUCGCCUUCUAUCUAUCUGCAGGCGACGGCGCGAAAACAGUAUCCUCUACGGCAGCAUCAGGGUCCGAAUCAGCAUGCAUAUCCUUGUCCUCAUCCUCAUCCUUAUCAUCAUCCUUAUACAGAGGGGGACUGUACCGUGGCUUGUUCUCAACAGGAACAGCAUGCUUGUGAUACGUGCAAUAGAGAUGUAUGGUCUCAGUGUCAGUGUCAGUGUCAGUGUCAGUGUCAAUGCCAAAGUCAAGGUCAAGGUCAAGGUCAAGGCCCCGAGACGGUUCAUUGCUGUGUCUCUGUGGCUGCCUGGAGGGAUUCCGAUUGUCAGUGUAGAGAUCGGAGUCAGGAUCGGGAUCGGGGUCAGGAUCAGGAUCAGGAUUCGCAUGGUCAUGACUAUUGUCAAACGCGAUAUGCGUAUGGUCCUCCUUUACCUGUUGUCGUGGAUAUUUGGCGCGGAGAUUGUUGUGGUUUUUGAUCAAAAGAACGUACAUACGUAAGUGGAGCUAGUUUCUGGUGGUGAUUAUCUGCAAGGGAAUCAUAGUUUUGGGAAUUGAAAAAAAAAAAAAAAAAAAAAAAA